AUCAAAUUAUCUCCUCUAAUACAUUUUCCUUCAAUUCGAAGCAUUAAGUAAGGAUCUACUUACAAAUAUUAGAUUGGAAAAUAACUUACAAAGAAUUUUAGAUAAAAUGUUUUACAAAAAAAAUUCUCAAUCCUUUUUGGAAACGGGCAAAUUUCAUGAUCGGUCCUCAACGAAUAGAGGUGCUCUUAUGUCGAUUAGGAUCGUAACUCUGAGUUGAACCAAAGACAAAACCCAGGAUAUGAACCAAUCUCUCAACUCAUACAACAUAUAAAUCCUAAUAAUUGGAUUUAAAAACUAUUUGCCAUUGAAAACGAACUGGGCUUGUGUUGGGCCCAAAAAGCUUCGGAUGGCCUAUGUUAACUGAUGAAGAGAGUUCAAAGGUAGUGACGCUGAGGGAAGCUCAAAAUGAUAAGGGCGGUGAUGGUGAUUAACACCACGGGCAAGCCUCGGUUUUCCAAAUUCUACGAUUUCCAGGUCUCUCUCUCUCUCUCCGUUUUUUUUUUCCUUCAAACUUUCUGUGUUGGAUUCAUGAAUUUUUAGAUAAUUCAAUCGGUUAUUUAGUGGUAAUUUCGAUUUCUUUUGUGAGGUUAGCCUGUGGAGAAACAGCAGGAAAUUAUGCGCAGAAUCUAUGCAGUGCUAUGCAGCCGACCUGAAAGCGUCUGCAAUUUCAUCGAGGCUGAAUCAAUCUCUGGCCCGGACACUCGUUUUGUGUACAAGCACUAUGCGACCUUAUACUUUGUCUUUUUAUUCGACAGUUCAGAAAAUGAGCUGACCAUGCUAGAUCUGAUACAAGUUUUUGCGGAGACGUUGGAAAAAUGCUUCAAAAAUGUAUGCGAGCUUGACUUAGUGUUCAACUAUAGCAAGAUGCAUACUAUUUUGGAUGAAAUUAUAUUUGGGGGCCAAGUACUGGAAACCAACUCCUCAGAAGUCAUGAAGGCCGUUGAAGAAAUUUCCAAGCUAGAAACAGCCUCAAGCGCUCUCUCUCUUGUUCACAAGUCCGUUUCUGGUUGGCGAAGUAGGUAGCAUGCGGUGUAAUUGAGCCAUCACCAUUGCAUAUUGUCAUAGUUGUUGUAUGUUUGCCCUUGUGGUUACUGCCCAAGGAUAUAUUGAAGUCCACGUCCACCUGGAGGUACUUUUGAGCUCAAAGUUGU